AUGUCUAUGCUCGCCAUGGCUGCUCCGUCCCCUCACUCGGCAUUUAAGCAGUACCCCUGGGAUGGCGGCAGAUCUACCUCGGACUACUCUUCGCGCCCUCGUAUAGAGCCUGAGAGAAUCGCCCUUCCAUCGAUCCGCCAGGCCAUCCCGGAACUUCAUCUUCGCCUGCAGCCCCAGGAGGCCUCAACCACUAGGACCACUUCCUCCAAUACGUCACCAACAGUCGGCUAUGCCAGUGUCAUGACGCCGCCCGAGUAUGUUCACUCGCCAAACUCGAACAAGAGGAGGAGGCUCUCGAUCGACGAGGAGCAGGAGAGCGAGAGAGUCAGCCGUGUGCCGAGACUGUACGAGAGCCCGGCACGGGUUCCCCAACGGCAUAUUUCUCCGCCAGCCCCGUCCCGCUCUGCCACCGAGAGCUGGACCGGAUCUGCAAGAACGAGCCCGUACAUGUCUUCAUCAGGCAUGCCAUCCAUGAGGUCCCCGGCCAUGGAGGUCCACGAGCGACCCGAGAUCCGCCCAACACUCCCCAGUCUUCCGCCCAUGAACUUUGAAAGAGACCCCAUUCCCAUGCAACGCGCCCGCGGUCACUCCCAAGACGAGUUCCAGCCUAUCCGUCCUUCUAUUGGCAUGUCAGCAGGACCCAUGAUGGAGUCAGCACCUUACCGCACCAGUGGCUAUGCAUACGGAUACCACCACCCCAGCCGGGUCCAGUCUCUAUCCCUAGGCGCCAUCCACCCCUUUGACCGCACUCCUUUCUCAGCUGCUGGCUACGGCCACUAUCCCGAGUUCAUGCGCAUCGGAGAGCUCGGCGCCAUGGGGAUGCAUGGCGACAGCAAGCAGCGAAAGCGCCGCGGCAACUUGCCCAAGGAGACAACCGACAAGCUGCGUGCGUGGUUCGUCGCUCACCUCCACCAUCCGUAUCCCACCGAAGACGAGAAGCAGGAACUUAUGCGUCAGACUGGUCUGCAGAUGAACCAGAUCUCCAACUGGUUUAUCAACGCGCGGCGCCGGCAGCUGCCCACCAUGAUCAGCAACGCCCGUGCCGAGUCCGACGCCAUGUCCAGCCGCAGCGGUGAGAGCAAGAUCCUCCCGUCGACAGAGCGUGGCGAGUACGACGACGGAAAGCGCUCCAGUGUACCCCUCAGCGACGGCGAGACCUUUGAUGAGGACCUCGAUAGUCUGAAGCACCGGCGCUCGGCGCACAUCAAGAGGGGAAGCGUCUAG